AUGCCGGCGUAUCACUCGACACUGAAUGAAUUACGAUCGCAGGAGGCUUGUGGCUGUGCCAUUCUUCCCAUCAAAACACGUGCGCGAGGGCCCGCCCCUCCUGCGCCUGAGGAUCAGGACGACAUUGUGGAUGAAAUUUUAACGCUUUUUCGCGCUAACGUGCUCUUUACGAAUUUCGAGAUCAAGGGCAACGCCGACCGCGUGCUUAUAUAUGGCACACUCUUCGUACACUUGUGCUUAAAGAAGCUGGACCGAUGUAAUAACAAGGCAGACGCCACGCGCAUAUUGCAGCAAACAGCAGUGGACACAUUCGCUAUUCCAGGUGAUUCAAGCUUUCCACUAGGUGGACUGGUGCGUGCGCCAUCUAGCGCGAACGAAGCAGAAACCAUUCGAGGCUUCCUCAAACAAUUACGUGAAGCAAUCGCCUUUCGUCUUGUAGACGAAGUGUUCCCAAAUGGAGAGAAAAGCAAAUGGUGGAUAUUCUUUGCCAAGCGGAAAUUCAUGAACAAGGAGCUGACACGUUAA